ACUUGGUCACAUUGUUCAAAGCAAAUGUCACUUGCAUUUAAAGUUAACAUGAUUGGAUAUGAGGAUAUCUUGUCCCGCGCUGUUCAGCAUAUGUUGAGCGAAAAGAAUGUCCGAGUGGACGAUGAGCGACUGCUUAAGAGGCUCGUGUUGACGCUGCAUAUGAAAGUGCAAGAGAUUGGUAAGUGCAUCAGCGUGUCGUCUUGCCAUGCUGGCAGAUCCACGACAUGUUAUUUCGAUGUCGAGCGCACUUUUCGAGUGAUGGGCAUUCGGGUGACAGAUUUAAAGGCGAUUCGCAAUGCGUCCUUAAAAGGACACGUCACCAAACCCAAAAUCGCAACAAGGCAGCCAACGAAUGAGGCUUCUUUGGGGUCUCAGCGAAAUAUACAUGAUGUUGGCAUACUUGAUGGUGGCAAUCAUGGCGGUCGCCAUAUACCCCGAUUUCUGCCGCCAUUUCCCGGCCUGCACACUUACCAGACCACACGGGAGGAGCAGGUGAUGAACAGGGACUACAUGGAUGAGCGAACGCGAUUGGCGAAACUUAAGCGCAAGGCGCAGAAGGCGACGAAUGCCUUCUAUCAGCGCACGAUGCCAACUUUAUCGUUAUUCCAAGCACGUCAACGGAACGAAAGAUUUAAAGUGUUGAAAGUGAUGAAACCCAAACAAUUGCCCUGCUUCGACGCCCUGAUGCCGCCGAAUGAGAUUCUGGAUUUGAGAAUCUAUGAUUCGAGUCUCUAUGAUUCGUCGGAGCCACCAAUUAAGAAGGGACGAAUGAAUCCUUAUCUAAGAGAACCAAUAAUAAUGCGUGUUGAGUCAGAUGAUGAGGAAUAUGAGGUGGUGGAUGAAGAGUGGGAUGUAGUAGGUGAGGAAGAAGUGGAGGAAGGCGAGGAAGAAGGUGAGGAAGAAAAUGAAGUAGAAGCGGAAGAAGAAGAGGAAGAAGAAGAGGGAGAAGAAGAGGAAGAAGAAGAGGAAGAUGAAGAGGAAGAAGAAGAAGAGGAAGAGGAAGAAGAGGAAGAAGAAGAUAAAGAGGAAGAAGAGGAAGAAGAAGAGGAAGAAGAAGAAGAGGAAGAAGAAGAAGAGGAAGAAGAGGAGGAAGAAGAGGAAGAAGAAGAGGUAGAGGAAGAAAGUGAAGACGAAGGGGAAGAUGGAGAGGAUGAAGAAAAGGAAGCAGGUGAAGAAGGGGAGGUAGAAAACGAAGGGGAGGAAGAAGGUGAAGAAGAAGGGGCAGAUGGAAAGAAUGAAGAAGAGGAAGCAGGUGAAAAAGGGGAGGUAGAAAAAGAAGGGGAGGAAGAAGGUGAAGAAGAAGGGGCAGAUGGAAAGAAUGAAGAAGAGGAAGCAGGCGAAGAAGAUGAAGAAGGAAAAGUAGAAGAAGAAGAGGAAGAAGGUGAAGAAGAAGAGGAAAAUGAAGAGGAUGAAGAAGAGGAAGAAGGUGGAAAAGGGAGAAUGAAUUCUUAUCCCAGGUCCCUAACAAUAGAUGGUGUCGAAUCAGAUGAAGGUGGUGAAGAAAAAGAAGGACAGGAAGAAUAUGAAAAUGAUAGUGAUGAAGAAAGUGACGAAGAAUAAAUAUGACGCAACAAA